AUCUCUGACAUCUAGUAGACUAAUGUCAGCCCGUAUUUGUUUUCGUAAAGUUUUGAUACAAUAAUGAGAAAUAAUUCCCACUUAAUAAGUUAAGAUCGUUUUUAAAAUGUCGAAAAUAGCAAAUGUUGUUGACGGUGAAGCUUCUGAAUCAGAUUCUGAAGUGGAAAUUGAAAUAGGAAGAUCUCCAGAUAUAUUACCGACGACCAAAGGUUUUGUAAUAUCUGGCGAAGCGCCUGAAUCUGAUGAUGAAUCAAAACUUCCUUCACCAUCAGCUAGAAUUGAAGUUGACUCGCCACUACAUAUAUCUAUGUAUCCUCCAAAAUCACCGACUAAGAUAAUGUACAAAUCUCUACUUCAUCAAAAGUUAUGGGAGAGUAAUGUGUCAUUUCGGGCAUCCCUUGAAGGCCUAGUCGGACAGACAACUGAGUUAGCAGUUGAUAAACUUACCAAGGCAGACAAAACAUUACUGAAUGUCCAGGAAAGCAUGAGGGCAACAAAUGCAUCCCUAGCAUUAGCUAAAGCGAGAUUAAAACAAAUACAAGCAGAGCUGGACAAAGUUAACUGUAGUAGUGCGCUUCCCAAUGUUAAAAUAAAAUAGUGCCUACUACUUAUUAAGGAUAUAUUUUUCAUACAUUCCCAAAGUAUAUAUUGUAAGUGCUUUUGGAAUAAGAAUUUUUUAUAUAAAACUUAUAUAUGUUAGACAUAGACUUGACAUACUAACGAAACACACACAAUAACAAAUCAUUAUUGAAAUAAAAAAAUGGAAUAAGGUACAUUAUCAGUGUGUAAUGUGUGUAUAUAGACUGGCCCUGGCUCAGCAAUAUGCUGUGUAGAAGACGUCUUCCACAGAGCUGGUCAUUCUGCUAGAGACCACAACAGUUAGUUUGCGCCUCAGAUUUAAAAAAAAAUAAUAUAAUGUGAUAAUAUUGAAAAUUAACAGAGUAAGUAAAGAAGUCUUAGAAUAUUUGUGUGUAAAAGUAUAUAGUUAAUAAAUAUAUAAUGUUACAUGGC